AUGACGGAAAUCAUGAGUUCGUCCAAUGAGAGCUUCGAGCGGUGUUCACGUGACUGUUCGGUCAGGAACUUCUGGAAGAGGGCGCUCGUCUCGUGCGAAGACAUCAUUCGGCAGCACAAAAGCGCGUGUCUCAAGAUCUCAUCCCUUCUGGCCGUCAAAGACAAGGUGUGGAUCGGGACUUCGGCCGGAAUUAUCUGCGUUUUGGACUCGAAAUCCAAUCAAUUGGAAAUCGUGCCGAACGGCCACACGGGUCACGUGCGCUUCCUCACCCAAAUGGAGACGCUGUGCGCGCGGCGACUGGUCAUCAGCGGCGGCGACGGCGUGGAGGUGUACCGGACGGGACCGGGAAUGGGAACGGGAAUCCCGACGACAGAGGGAAGGGAAGACUCGACGAAUCAUUUGCUUUUCGUUGCGACAGAUGUUGUCGCAGAGCAUUGUUGUCUCGAGGGCUUCACAGCGCUGUUGGCAUUCCUCUCCACUCCGCCCUCCUUUCGCACACUUCUGAUUGGAGGAAAGUUUUGUGUGAGAAAAAGUCUCGCUCUUCCAUCCACUGCUCUGUCGCCCAUUCGUUGGCUUUUUACGCCGCGGACGCCAACUGUCGUCACAACCACUGCCAAAAUGGCGGCGAAUGCGUCCAAAACCCGAUUCGCUCUCAACACUCCUUCUGCCGACGCCGCGGACGCCAACUGUCGUCACAACCACUGCCAAAAUGGCGGCGAAUGCGUCCAAAACCCGAUUCGCUCUCAACACUCCUUCUGCCGCUGCGCCCCCCAGUGGACGGGCGCCCGCUGCGAAGUGGCCGACCCGUGCUUCGGCGCCGCGCGCUGUCUGAAUGGCGGCACUUGCGUCCAGAGCCACAACUCGUUCCGCUGCCUGUGCGCCCUUGGGUUCUCGGCCUCGCUCUGCGAAAUACAACUGCCCAGCAUUUGCGACACCAACCCGUGCGCCAACAAUGGCCGCUGUCAACUCCGCAACACCCUCCAGGACUACCAGUGCGCGUGCGCCGACGGCUGGACGGGCAAUAGGUGUGAGCGCGAGGACCACUGCGCGAACAACGCGUGCAAGAACGGCGCCAAAUGCCACUCCAAGCAAGACGGCUACACCUGCGAGUGCGCGCGCGGCUUCGGCGGCGCGUUCUGCAACGCGGACGUGGACGAGUGCGCGCGCACUUCCGACCAGUGCUCGGGCAACGGCUUCUGUCUGAACACGUUCGGCUCCUUCCGCUGCAACUGCCACAAGGGCUUCACAGGCGCGCGCUGUGAGCACAGGUACGUUCCCUGCGAACACGACCAGUGCCUGAACGGCGGCCACUGCGUCCCGCACUACCAGACGCUCUCCUUCUCCUGCCAAUGUCCCGUCGGCUUCAGUGGCGCCCUCUGUCAGCACAACGUGGACGACUGCGGCGCCAACCUCUGCCAGAACGGCGCCACGUGUCUCGAUGGCCUCAACACCUACACGUGCCAGUGCCCCGCCCAGUGGACCGGCCCCUACUGCUCGCGCGACGUCGACGAGUGCUCCUUAAGGCCACACGUGUGUCAGAACGGCGCCACCUGCGUGAACGCCCUGGGCUCCUUCUCGUGCAUCUGCGUCAACGGCUGGACAGGAGUCACGUGCGCCGACAACAUCGACGACUGCGCGGCCGCCGCGUGCUUCAACGGCGCCACGUGUCACGACCGCGUCGGCAGCUUCUACUGCGAGUGUCCGCCGGGAAAGACGGGACUCCUGUGCCAUCUGGACGACGCGUGCGCCUCCAACCCGUGUCACGCCGGCGCCAUCUGCGACACGUCGCCCAUCGACGGCACGUACAUGUGUUCGUGUCCGCUCGGCUUCAAGGGCGUGGACUGCACUCAGGAUGUGGACGAGUGCCGCGAGAGUGGCUCCCCCUGCGAGCACGGCGGCACCUGCGUCAACACUCCGGGCUCCUUCCGCUGCGACUGCGCCGUGGGGUUCGCGGGGCCGCGCUGUGAGGUGAACAUCAACGAGUGCGACUCCAACCCCUGUCUCAACGACGGCACGUGUUUGGACGAGCGCGGCUCCUACCGCUGCGUGUGCAUGCCAGGCUAUUCGGGCAUUCACUGCGAGCAGGACGUGGACGAGUGCCAAUCGAACCCCUGUCUCAGUGGCGCCCUCUGCACGGACCUCAUCAACGGC